UUUUUGCUAUUGAAUCCUUGAAAUGUACUUCUAUCAUGAUUAAGAAACAAGAAGCAGUGGUGACACCCAACCUGUGUCUUUGUGUCCCCACUAUCCCUCUGUCUAUCAGCUGUUUAUGUCUUCAGUGCAUUGCUUCACUGCGCCUCAUCUGAUUGGACCGUUUUUUCCAGAGCCCUCUGGCGCCCCCGGUGAUCCAUCCUCAUCAUAACCUGUGGUGUGUGAACAGCAGUUCACUGUGCCGACGCUCACCUGCCGGAGGGAGAGAGAGCCCCUCCAGCUCCGAGGCUCCUGCAACACACAAGGAUGGACGGAGGGACAUCAGACUGGACUGUAGGUGUGAUCUGAGAAGUGAUAAGUUCAGUCAACUGAACAUCAGCUUCUCUGGGUCUCCAUGAGACAUGGUGUUACCUGAAAAACCCUCCAGACCAUCCGCUCCCAAGCAGCUCUCCAAGCAGAGCUCCCUGCGCCACCAGAACCUGCCCUCCCCGGCACUGUGCUGCGCCUGCGGACUCUGCAUCAUGCUGGCUGGCAUCAACAUCACCCUGGUGGGAGCUUUCGCGUUUGGCACCUUCGUCCCCACCGUCAACCCCCCCAUCAUCAUCGGGCCUCUUCUCUUAUUGAUAGCCCUGGCCUUCUUCACAGCCUGCUGUGUGGUCAGCAGGAGGCCCCCGGCCCACAUGGCCCGCAAGGCGAAAGGGGGCGAGAAGUGGGGGCUGAUGCGGAUGGGCACGGUGGCGUUUGAGAUGGAGACCAGCGAGCACACGCUGCAAGACACCACAGCCGUCCAACUCAGCCCUACCAACUCCCCCUCGUCCUCUCACAAGUCUAGCUCCAGCCAGGGAGCCACUGCUCCGCCUGCAGGAUGUCAGGAUGGAGCCGGUGAACGGCCCAUAUCAGAGAUGCCCGACACUAGUGUCAGUGGAGAUAACCCCACCUUGACCUCUGACUGUGAGAACACUGCUCACAACACUUCCUCCACGUAGCAUGGACCUUCCUCUGAAGCCCGGCUGGUUGUUUUGCUGUUUACAAGGUGGACACGUGCUCUGGUUGUAGCUUAUUCGGUGUUGUUGAAUGUUUUUUGCUCAGUCCCAGGAUGUACAGUUCUCUGCCAGAACAGAAACAGGAACAGCAGAUGAUACCUUAAUCCAAGUGCCUGUUUGUGUACCUGUUGUUUCGAACAUCCAGUUAAGGCAGAUUACACGUCCUACGGAUCGACUGCGGUUCGUGCUCGCCACCACCAGUGUGUCCGGCCAAGCUUCUCUAUGAGUCAUGAAAGCUUCUCCUGUGUAAGCUGGCUCAGUCCCAGCCACAGUUUUACACUUACAAGAAAUGUUUUUGAUUUUUAUUUUUAAUGUCUGCAUCUGCUGCACCGAGGGAGUCGAUAUCUGUGUCAGUGUUGGAUAUUCAGGAACAAAUUAGUGACUGUGUAUUUAAAGUUGUCAUUGUUGUGUUAUAUUACCCUGGACUUCAAUAAAACAUUUGGGGCACGUGUACAUUUUUUCAAAAAUAAAGCUGAAAUUGUA